ACUGACCUCCCGGUAUGUCCCCCUCUUAGUAGAGAGAGGAUCUAAGGGAACAGGACUGCAGCAUAAAGGGACAGAAAAGGAAUCCACCAUCUGCUUGCAGUAAAUGAAUUUAGAUCCUUCAGAUGAUGAAGCUGUUGAAAAAGCUGGUGAGAACAGGACAGCACCAUGUCAAGAUUCAGAUUCCAAACCUGCUGUGAAAAAGAAAAGAAAGCAGCCUACAGAGUGCUUUUUAAGUCAGCCUGAAGAAAAGCAAGAGAGCACUGUAAAGGCAAAGAGGAGGAAGAAGAAGAAGAUUUCUGAUGUUCUGCAAAAAUCUGCUCCAAAACCUGGUGUCCCUGCAGAUCUACAAAAUCUGCUUGCUCAGCAUUUUGGUGAAAACCGUUCCGUGAUUGAAAUCGAGGAAUUACAGCUGUCAGAUUCCUGUUUUUUGCCAGCCAAUGAUCUUACCCACAGUUUUUCUUCAUACCUGAAGGAAAUCUGUCCUAAGUGGGCCAAGCUCCGGAGAAGCCACAAGGAGAAGAAGUCAGUGGUGAUGCUGGUUCUCUGCAGUUCUGCCCUUCGCUGCUUGGAACUCAUCAAGUCAAUGACAGCCUUUAAAGGAGAUUGCAGAGUCCUCAAGUUGUUUGCAAAGCACAUAAAGAUACAGGAACAAAUGAAUAUGUUGGAGAAAGGCAUUUUCCACAUUGGGGUUGGAACUCCAGGGAGAGUGAAGGCACUAGUGGAGCAAGAUGCCCUGUGCUUGAAUUCCACUAAAUACAUGAUUCUGGAUUGGAACUGGAGAGAUCAGAAGCUAAGGAGAAUGAUGGACAUCCCUGAGAUAAAGAAAGAAACAAUUGACCUGCUGGAGAAGAGUAUUAUAAAGCUGUGCAGAGAUGGAUCUGUGAAGCUGGGACUCUUUUAAUGACUUUACCAACAAGGAAGUAAUUUGCAGCUGCAUUUUACUAUAAUCCUGCCUGCAACUGAACUUUGACUUUUCAGAGUUCUUAAUAUAGAAGGCACAUUGCAACUUUUUCUGAGUUUUCUUUUAAUAAAAACCUAAAUUUUGCUUGUAGUUCUAGAAUUAUUUUUAUUGCAGGAAAAAUGUCAUUUUGAAAUCGGAGUUACACUGCUUCCACCUGCUAGAUUUACUACUAUAUGUCCCUAGUAAAACUUUGAAGAUGGGCAAUCAUGAGUGUGAAAGUCUUUGUACAGCUGCAACUCAGUUUUCUGUUCCCUCCCUGUGCUGUCCCAAAUGAGACAUGUAUUUCUCUCAUGAGAGUGGUGAUCUAGGUCUUGUCCUUGGGAGUCUUUAAAAAAGUUGUAUGAGUUUCAGUAACAUGUUAAAAAGGUAUUUUUCACCUGUCUGUUCUAGAGCUGGACAAAUGCUGCUUUUUGCUUUUACAUGAUAAAUUAUCUGUAUAUUAUGCUGAGAUUUUAUUUUGGUUAAACUGUUGAAGUGUGCAAAAAAGUAUUCUUAUGUUUGUCCAUUUAAAUUAAAAUGAAGUGAUGUCUGGGUGAUUCUUUUGUCAUUGUGGAUAGUAGGGAAUGGAUGGAUUCUUUUUCAGAGAACAAGAUGAAUAGAGAUGAGGAAAUCAUCAGUAUCUUGGAAAGCCAUUGAUUAAAAUUGGAUAUUUUAAAAAUUA